AUGCCAGGUUCGCCGGUAACGUCGGGUUACUACGGUGUCAGAAGAUCUUUCUUAUCUGACUCAGACUACUACAACACUAAACAGUUUUCAAAUGACGUCUACACCUCAAGUGUGGCUAAGCCCUUUUCCUGUGAGUCCUCCACAGGGCAGAGCUACCCGGGCCUCCUAGAUUCCUACUUCCCGGAGCCCUACGGAGACUACCGCCCCACAGCCCUGACCCCCAACACCGGCUCCGUGUUCAGCGCCUCGCCUCUGCCGCCGCUCCUGCCGCCACCCUUUCCCGGCGACCCCACACACUUUCGGGACUCGUGGGAGCAGACGGUGCCCGACGGUUUCAGCCAGCCUGACCUGGUGCCCGCAGACGCCCUGCAGACCUUGCCGCCCAGCGCCAGUUGCCUAUCGCAGCUCGAACCCGGGAGCACUGCCCAGCACAGGAGCUCGAGCUGGGGGACCCCCCCGGCUGGGUCUCAGUCUUACUCGCUGCAUGGGCUGGAGGAGCUGCACCACACGCCGGGGUACCCCACCCCACCCCCCUACCCUUUCACCCCUUUCAUGACAGUGGCAAAUGACCUAACGCCCAAGGCGGUGCCGCUCUCCACAGAUGAGGGGGCAGACGCCCCUUCUCUUCACGACCCUUCUCCGUGGACGAAGGAAGAUGGAGGCGUGGCGUGGGGGUCGUAUGAAUGCCGCUGA